AUGAGCCUUGUUAUUGUCACAAACAUUGAUUCUCCGUUAUUGCUGCGUUGUCUACGCUCAGGCGCGUCUGGCGAUGCUGUUGUCUGUGACGUGCACGGCGAAACCGUCGUCCGCGCGUCGUCGUACGGCGAAACCGUCGUCCGCGCGUCGUCGCGCGGCAAAACCGUCGUCCGCGCGUCGUCGCACGGCGAAACCGUCGUCCGCGCAUUGUCGCACGGCGAAACCGUUGUCCGCGCGUCGUCGCACGGCGGAACCGUCGUCCGCGCGUCGUCGCACCGGCGAAACCGUCGUCCGCGCAUCGUCGCACGGCGGAACCGUCGUCCGCGCGUCGUCGCACGGCAAAACCGUCGUCUGCGCAUCGUCGCACGGCGGAACCGUCGUCCGCGCAUCGUCGCACGUAACCGUCGUCUGCGCGUCGUCGCACGGCGAAACAGUCGUCUGCGCGUCCGCGCGCGGCGAAGUCGUCGUCCGCGAUUCGUUUCAUGGCGAAAUGGUCGCGCGGCUGUGCGUCCCGUUGAGGUGGGGGUGAGCAGCAGCAGCAUCAGCUUUCGGUGCUUCUUCAACCGCCAGCUAAGUGCCUUCUCCUCCCUCCACUCUCCCUCGCUUGCUGCUCACCAUUGCUGCUCGCCGUUUCCCCCUGAAAUACUCGCCACUGGUGUGCAGGUACCCCCUCAGGUGCAGCCCUUGGGUCUGCAGUUUGUGACUCGGCCUCCACCAGUGGCCCCUCCCCUCUCCCGCCUUGCAAAUGCCGUUCCCUCUCUUGCACUUUCACCAUUCAUCCCCUCGCUGCCCACUGACCAGCUCUGCGUGUGUGCCUUGCAGGUGGAGGGGAGGGGCAGGGGUCAACACCAAGGGAGGCAGCACUGCCAAUCGCUGCACCAAGGGAGAGUAUCGGGCAUGAGAGAGGGACAGACCACCGGAGCAAGGGCGGGACACAGGGCGUCUCUCGUUUCAUCUCCCCCCUCCUGUUUACAGCCUGCGGAAGGGAGGGAGCACUGGAGCAAAGGCGGACAGAGGCAUCCCUCUUUUGACCCCCCAACCCCCUUCUCCACUCUCCACUUCCCAGCAGCCUGA